GCAGGGAAAACAAUGAAGUCAGAAUGAGAUGGGGAAGACGCAAACGUUAGGAAGAGAUGGGAGAAAUGGCACUAGUGGUCCAGUUAUCUGAGACAGGACACUUGGGACUUUUCAAGUAGCGGGUGUGUUGGGGCAUGGACUGGGCUGAAGCCUCAGAGCCCCAGCUGAUAACCCUGGGGCCAGAUCAUGUCUGCUAACAAAGGCUGGUGGGUACCACCUGAGGGCGAAGACAGUGUGUCUCAGAGGUUCCUGAGGAAGACCAGGGAGUCUCCGCUGGUGCCUGUAGGCUUAGGAGGCUGCCUGGCAGUGGCAGCCUACCGGAUUUAUCGGCUGAAGGCCCGUGGUUCCACCAAGAUGUCCAUACACCUAAUUCACACCCGACUGGCGGCGCAGGCUUGUGCCGUGGGUGCAGUCAUGCUAGGUGCUGUGUACACGAUGUUUAGAGAUUACAUCAAGAGAACAGCACAGGAUCCUGGGGAGAAGUAAGACGAGCCUGGGGCCACCACAGCCUCUUCCAUCGAUCCCUGGUACGUUCCUAAUAAAGCAGUUUUGAGGAAAA